CAAGGUGGCGGUGAUGACAAGCCAGUGUGAAUAAUUCUCCAAGAGCGUCAUGCACUUCUUCGCGUGCCUCCAGCGAUGGUUCCGGCGCUUUCGUCGGCUACGAGUCAAGUGUACAUUGUGCUUAAUAGUGUCAAGGCAAAGCCACUACUUGUGCGUGACCUGCCAGGCGUGUUGCUGUCGAAGUUGCUCCGUGGAAGACAUAGGAACGAAUCAGUUUUACUGCAGGUGGUGCACCAAGCACUCAAGCCACAUCAUGUCUGAGUCGUCAGUGGAUCAUCGGUCGUCGGCAGGGAUACGUCGGGGCUCUCGGCGGAAACCGCGCGAGCUUGAGCCAGUCCUCGACUACUCGGACGUGCCCGUGCUCGAAGUCAAGACUGCCAAGAUGUUCCUGACCACAAGGCAAGUACUGGCGAUUCGAAAUAUGGCGUCGAGUGCUAGUACCCAGCGCCUGACCAAGUCUGCAUAACGAGAACAACGCGAACACUAUUUAUCUUCGUA